CUCUAGUAUCGCAUAAACAUCGAGACUUGGGGAAAAAAUAAACUACAACAAAACCAUUAAUUAAACUAGGAAAGCGCAGCGUUACAUCAAUCGAGGCAGCCGAAGUUGGAUCACCGCCGCGACCGCAAGUCGUGAGAUCCGGAGUCUGGAGGCAACAGCCCAGGAGGCGCCCACAAGUCGCACAUUCUAGCCCGCAGCCAAGAGAAAUUGAUGCCCGGCAGCGAAUCUCGCCCAGAAGCAGAUCAUCCCGAAAUAAGUCGAAGUAGUUCCGGCUCCGGCCCCCAAAUGCCAGCGGAAGAGCGGCCACAGUGAGGCCUCCCUCGCGCGAACCUCGCCAGUCUUUCGCACAUAGCAUGGAAAGCACGGACAGCAGCGACAGCAGUGGGGAUAGUUCAAAAUCCAUUCCCCGGCCCGACUUCGAGGCGCUCUCCGCCAUCGACAGCCCCCAGCCGCAGUUGCAGUUGCAGAGCUCCUCGCUGGAUGGCCACAUCGAAAUGGAGUCGGUUACCGUGCCCAGCAAGCGCCAGAAGUAUGUGGUCAGCGCUCCGCCGGGAUCGGCUAACGGCAGCAGCCAUUCCUCGAGCUCGAGUCCUUCGAACAACGUGGGCUCCUCGCUCACCAUGAAGCUCACGAAGGUGCAGUCCUCCACGCCCAACAAGAUCAAGGUGGCCAAGGAAAUGCUAGCCCUGCAGCGCUCUCACAUCGAAUCCGAGGUCCUCAGCAACUUUGUGACCGGGGUCUCGAAGUUGAAGCGCCGCAAGUCGCGCAACGGUCCCGGUAAUCUCGCCACUCAGGCAUCAGGUGGAGAGCUUUCCCGCAGCUUGAAUGCCACCACCGAACACAAGAAAAAAUCUCUCAAGAUGGCCCUGAAGCGGAGCAAGAGCAUUCCCGCUCCCAUCCUGGACUCGGACGACGACUGGCAGGACGAGGACAUCGACAGUGGCAUAAAGAGCUGCAGACCGCGAGGACACUCGAUGGCCUGUGACGAUGGCGAGCGACUGACCGAGCUGAAUGUGGAGGACAGCAUCAGCGAUCCUCCGGAGCGGAGGCUCACCCGCUGCCGGUCCCGCAGCAAAACGCUAUCUCUGAGCAACAGUUGGAGCAACGAGGAGAAGGCACCGAGGCGGGGCAACAUACGCAGCGAGAACGAGGAUUUGGCCAAGAAGCACAACGCUUUCCUGGAUCGCGUUAUCCACCAUGAUCAGGACUCGGAACUGGCGCAGCACACCUCCGUCGAGGGCGACCCCGAUAUUGAGUGGCCCGUUGGUGAGCUGGAGGCCCAGAGCUCACUCUUCUCGGAUGCCAGUGACUCAAAAACGGCCUCGGCGAAAACACAGGAAGAGGAGGCGGCCGAGCGGCUACUUCUCAUGUAUGAGGAGCCACCCUCGCCUGGCUGGGACCCCUUCUGCUGGAAGUGUCGGCAGUGCGGCAAGCUGAUGGCCUGCUCCAAGUGUCUGCGCUCCUUCCACACCUACUGCGUGCGACCCGCCACCACCAAGUUCGACUCCUCCUGGAAGUGCCCCGAGUGUCAGGUGAUCGAGGCAGCGCCCAAGAGGCUGCGGCGCAAUGGAGUUUCCGUGGAUCUUCUCAGCCAGCUGCUUUCCUUCGCCCUGGACCGCAUGAGGCAUGUGCGCGGGGCCCACAAGCUGCGUUCGCCGCAAGAGGUCUUCCCGCUGACGUACAAGAAGUACUUCGUGAACCCGGUGAGCUUCGAGAGCCUGGCGCAGUGCAUCCGUGAUGGGGCUUACCAAAGCACAGAGGAGUUCCUCGGCGAGGUGAAGUGGAUGCAGCACAACGCCCUCAUCCUAGACGCCGGGGAUGCGAAAGUGGAACAGGCUUCGAAGGCCCUCGUCAAGGUGUGCCGGCAGGAGGCCAACGAAAUCGACACCUGCCCCGAAUGCUACCUGAACGCCAACUCCAGCGACGAGUGGUUCGUGAAGGUGUGCCGGCACCCGCAUCUCUUGCUUUGGGCCAAGCUCAAGGGUUUUCCGUACUGGCCCGCCAAGGCGAUGGGCUCGACCAACGCAGCGCUGGUGAAUGUGCGCUUCUUUGGCAAACAUGACAGGGCUUUCGUGCCCGUAAAGGACUGCUUCCUCUACUCAGCUCAGAAUCCAAACACACAAACCAGCCGUAGAUCAGCAAGGGAUCUGGCGGAAUGCAUCCGAGAGGUGGAAGUUCACAUCGAGCAAAUCAAGCGAAAGAUUGGCGCGUUUAAUUACGCUGCUUUCCGCACCGCGUACGAUCCACUGGAGGAACAACAACAGCUGGAGCAGAUGAUGCCUGGCGUGUAUGCGGCCAUCGAUAGGGAACUUGAGCCAGCCAACAAGACACCUCUGCAGUUUCUCAUCCGCAAGACGGCCGAUGAUAAGCUGUCCAUAGUGAAGAAGACGAAGGCCACAGAGUCGGGCAACGAAUCGGAUCAAUCGCCCAGUCCCGCGAAAAAGCUUCCGGAGGUGGACAUUGUCGCGGUGGCAGGAUCCGGAUCCAACGAUCACUCCAAGCUCAAGACCAACAACUAUGAAGUUAUAUCCAGAUCUGGUGAAUCUCUGACCGACUCUCGGUGCAAGGUAUUGCUCAAAAGAAAGUCUCUGGCUGCCAAGAUAGUUUCCGUGGAAGCCCCGGAGGUGGUGCCCACAAAAAGAAAACAUUCCCAGAGUGAUGCCAGCUUCACCAGUGAAUCCAGCGACCACAAACGCAAGUCAAAGCAUUCAAAAAAACAGCCAGAGCAGGAAAAACAGUGUGAUGGGCAAGCAAAAGCAGCUGUAGAACCUCCAAAAUCUCCAAAAACUACGCCGCAUGAGGAAAAAUCACAAGAAACAGAGAUGGUCAAGGAAACUUCUACCAGUGAGACUUGCGCCUCAUUUCCGGGAGCUUCUGCCUCCGUGAUUUCUGUAGUAGAACUGGUCAAUCGUCGCCAGGGCGUAACUAUCACAAAGAUACCACGCCAACAGCAACAAGCGGCAGCUGCAGAAGAGCCGGCGGCUGCUCGUGCUCCCCCUGCUACAGCUCCUCUUCCGGCACCGACAAGCAAACCAAAUGUACCAAAGCGCACCGAAGCAGCAAUCCAGAAACAAUCCGAGGUGGAAAGACAGCAGCAACAGCUCAUCAAGAAAGUUAUUCCGUUCAUAGAAAUUAAAACUGAAGUAAUGUCAGAACCAGAAGAUGAAGAAAUGGCGGUGAGACAAACAUCAAAUGAACCUCCAGUUGAUCAACUUCCUUUGCACCAGGAGCAGCAGGAGUCGAUUACGGCUCAGCAGGAAUCGAUUACGACUCAGCCGGAGUCGAUUACGACUCAACCGGAAUCUCAUCUGCCAGCACCUGUGGCAACUCACCAACCCGAACCAGUGGCGCUUCCACCUCCGGAGGAAGUCCGAAUUAAGGAGGAGAUUUUCAGCGAGGAUGAAAUGGAAACUGAUCAGAUCAAUGUUAACCAGAGAUUUGAAUCAAUGCCACCCAUGCCACUGCCUAUGCCUCCGCCUCCUCCUCUGCCGCCUCGAGAGGAAACACCCGCAACAGAUGACCUGGUUCGAUUUGUAGGCGACACCACUAUCCAAAGGGUCAACCAGAAGCAGUCAGUGAAGUCCGCGGAUUUAGCGGCAAAACGUAAGGGAGCUCAACAAGUUCCCCCGCAAACUGCACCUCAGGCGUCCUCUCCAGCCCACUCGCCUGUCCAAUCAGCCGCACCCUCACCUUCUGCAUCACCCAAGCCAAGUAGCACUUUUGUGGCCGGCAAACCUCCACCAUCCAAGGGAAAGUCUCCAUCACAACAGCAAUUCCGGGCGAAGAACGAUCGUGCACUAGUUUCCCCACCAGGGACCGCAGCACCGGCCACCACCACGUCGUCUUUGCUGAGAUCCAACAUGGUGGUAAUUCCCGUGGAGCAGCCUGGCAGCAGCAAUCUACACAGUCCCAUGAAUAUCCCGGUUCCACCAUUGAGGGCUGUUUCCAAGAGCACACUACAGAAUACUUCCACACUACCAACUCCGCCUUCCCUUCCGCUAGCCUGUCAACCCAGCAGCUCCAUAUCUAUGCCUCCUCCUCUAGCCGGCUUGAGUAUUCCCCAAAUGGCCAUCCACACAUCACAAGAAGGCACCAUGACAAACAAUGGAGAACCCGCAGGUCUGCUGGCCAGCGCGUUAAAUGGUUUGACAGGCGAAAACGUACCCAGUGAACCUAUCACCAAUGAUCCCAUAACUCCGGGCUUGGCCACGGCUUGGAGUGAGAUGCUCCUGCGAUCUGGCGUACCAAAACUGGUUGCUCGUCCCGGCGGGCCUCUCCGAUCGGAUGGAUCUCAAAUCUAUCCUUCGCAAGCAGGACCCGUUUCGCAAAAACUCAAGGAGAACGCGCACAAGAUCACCGACUACUUCAUCUCCGUCAUUGAGGACACGCUCAGCGACAUGGCUACUGGAGAUCAGAGUGUCCUCCAAGCCCGAAUCGCCGGCCUGUCGUUGGAGAACGAGCGCCUGAAGCAACACUAUGAGCGCCAGAUAAACGACGUGCACCGCACCAGCGAGAUGAUGAUCGCCGAGAUGCGCAAGACAUUGGAGCAGGAUCACAAGCGCGUGAUCUGCGAACUGCGCCAGCAAAACGCCAUCGAGCAAAUGCGGGCAGUGGAAGAGGCGAAGAAGAAGCAGUGGUGUGCGAAUUGCAUGCGUGAGGCACAGUUGUACUGCUGCUGGAACACCUCCUACUGCGACUAUCCCUGUCAGCAGCUGCACUGGCCCAGACACUCAGCCACCUGUGGCCAGGCCGCGCCACCCACAAACCCAGUUCCAACACCUUCGGCUCCGCUAAUAGAACCGGGCCGAUCCAAAGCCAAAGUGGCGAUGCCAACGGCGACACAACCAAUCACCAGUCCCAGUCCCAGCUCACAGAUAAUUCGAACGGCCGUCGCCUGUCCACCUGCAGCACCUGUUGCCAGCGCACAAAGCUCGAAGAAGUGGCCGCCUAUGAUGACGUUGCUCAACCAACCAAAUCCGGAGACUGUGCUUAAGCUGCCCGCAACCACAUAUUUGAGGCCAGUGGUCAGUACCACAAUGACGUCCACGGUAACGGCACCGGCAUCUGCUAAUAACAACAGCCACGCAGUAAUGACACCUACGCCAGCGGCUGGAAACCACCUUUCCAAUCUCAUGUCCGCGCAGCGCACUCCCCCCAACUUCAACCCCAAGACCGCCAGUCAAACGAUGCCCAUACAGCGCUUUAAUAUACCUUUACCCAUCACCGUGAAUACCAACGCGCCCUUUAUGAUCGCAGAGCAGCAUCAGAAGCAGGUGCCGAAGACUACUGGUCGCAGCUCUGGUAAAAACAACAGCCGGAUGCGCCAAAUGUACAGCAACAAUAUCAACAACAGCAAUCCGCAGGGUAUGCGCAGCAACAACAACCCGCAAGCUAUGCGCCAAAAUCAAAUGAAUCAACAAGUGUUCCAGCAAUAAAUCGUGAACGACUAGCAUCAAAAGCGUGCGUGCGUUCCACCUGGAAAGACUGCCUGUUAUUCAGGAAAUAAUUUCUUUGAUAUUCCGGAGAAACUCAGAGACAGAUUGAAUAGUUCGAUCACUCUACCCCUUACAUUUGAUACAAACAGCAAACUGAAAACCAUAAUAUUUAUUUCAAUUCCCUCGAGCGCAGCUUUUGAUUUUUUUUAAUUCGCUCCUAGAAUAAGUUAAAGAAGACGAAAGUGUAAAGUACCAUUCAAUAAUUAGGUUUAAGAUUUCAUGAAUGUUGUUGUAGUUUCACUGGUUUUACUGUAACUUAACCGCCUAUUGGAUAAGAAUCAUCGUAAGGCCAUCAGAUGGACUUUGCAUAGACAUAAGGUCAUCCCACUUUUCUUUUGAAUCAUACUGUAAAUUGUUUUUAUCAUCUAAUUUACAUACAUUUUAUGUAUAUUUAAAGCAAAGCUGUAAAGUGGAAAAAGAAUAAAAAUGCAUUAUUUGCCUAUAACAUCAAA